AUGAUCCAUAACCAAAUUAUUGAUGAAUUAGAAAAGUGUCUGUAUUUUUCUAUAAUUGUUGAUGAAACACAAGAUAUUACUAAAGUGGAACAGUUAUCAGUUAUAUUAAGAUAUUACUUAGAUGGUAUAGUGUAUGAACGUUUCAUGGGGUUUAAAGCAGCUCAAUCAUUAACCGCUAGUUCUCUCUUUCAAUAUAUUAAAGAAAUACUUUCUACCAGUAACGUAGAUAUAUUAAAAUGCGUUGCUCAAACCUAUGAUGGAGCCAGUGUCAUGUCUGGAAAGAAUAAUGGGGUUCAAGCAUUAUUUCGCCAAGAAGUACCCAACGCUAUAUAUGUACACUGUUACAAUCAUAGGCUCAAUCUUGUAAUUUCUGACGUAUGCAAAAAUAUUCCAUCUGUGAAAAUGUUUUUUGAUAUUGUAGAAAACUUAUACGUCUUUGUAUCUGGUUCUGCUACACACGCAAAAUUCAUCGAAAUUCAAACCACUAUGAAGUACAGACCAGUUGUUGAACUUAAAAAGAUAUGUUUGACAAGGUGGACAGCUCAAGUCUUUGCUUGCUUAGCACUAAAAAAGGCUCUUACUCCUCUGCUAGUUUUAUUAAAUAAAUUGAUGUUUGAGAAAGGCGACCGUGCUGCUGAAGCAAAGGGCUUACUACAUUUAAUAGAUUUUGAAUUUGUAUUUAAUUUAAUAAUGUUUUGUGAUAUUCUUCAAAUUCUAAAAACAGUUAGUGAUUACUUGCAAAAUGUAAAAGCUGAAAUGGCUCAAUCUUUAAUACUUAUAUCAUCAAUUAUAACUACUUUUAAAAUCAUGAGAACUGAUGAAGCCGAGAAAAACAGUUCCAAUUUUAAUAAAAUGUACGUUGAAGCUACUAAUAUUUGUAAAGAGAACGACAUAUCCACACAAAAUGAACACAGUACAAAAAAAAGAAUAAAAAAAAUCCCCGACAAAUUUAAACAGUUCAUAUUUACUGAGCUCAGUUCUUUAGAAACUAAUCUGAUUACAUCAAAAAAUGGUUUAAGACAACAUGUAUACAUACCAGCGUUGGAUUAUAUAAUUAAAGAACUAGAAAGACGAUUUACAGAUAAUUAUGGUUUGUUGGCAUCAAUAUCUUACUUACACCCUCAACAUGAACAGUUUUUAUGUUAUGAACAAUUAAAACCUUUAGCUGCUCACUAUAAUCUUGAUCUGGAUAAUUUAAGAGCAGAACUAAAAAUCUUACCAGCAACUAUAAUCAAAUAUCAAAUUCAUUUUAAUGUUAAGUUCAGCUUGCGAAAGGACUUUUUCAUGUCUCCGACGUUUGAAAAACUACAUGAGGAAUCGGAUGACAAAUGA